CGCGCACUGCAGGAUGUGGCGGAAUUGUUGAACAUCAACAUCUCGGACGCCAUAGCGAUUGCUUUGGCCAGCGAUGUCGAAUACAGGAUUCAUCAGGUUGUCGAGGAAGCCGCAAAAUUUAUGCGCCAUGGUCGUAGAACGACUAUGACUACGUCUGAUAUCGAACAGGCUCUUCGGGUUCUCAACAUUGAACCUUUGUAUGGACAUACACCACACAAUCCGCCGACAUUCAGACGCGCAGCUCCUACCUAUGGACAUUCCUCGACUAAUGUCGCGUCGUCAGGAUCAGCAAAUGCAGGAACAGUCUACUUUGUGGAGGAUGAAGAGAUCGAUUUCGAUAGAGUUCUGAGGGAAGAGAAAAUAGUCAUGCCAAAGGGCGUUAGUUGGACCGCGCAUUGGCUGGCGGUGGAGGGUGUGCAACCUCUUAUACCAGAGAAUCCACCUCCAGUCCCGAGAGAUGUCGACAUCAAUUCUACAGAGACACCAAAAACAAAUGGAGUGGUCGCUGCCCCGUCGGCACCUCCGUUGUCGAUGAUAAAUGGUACUGGAAUUGCAAACAAUGCGAAGAAGCCAGCACAGCAGCAGCAACAGACCCAGCAACACCUCGUCAAACAAGUCCUUUCUCGAGAACUACAGCUCUAUUACACCCGCCUUACCUCAUCUCUGCUGCCACCUUCAUCCGACUUCGCAAAACGCACGGCAGCUCUCGCUAGUCUACGAAGCGAUGCAGGGCUACAAGCCUUGUUGCCCUAUCUGAUUCGCUGGGUUGGAGAAGGCGUCGUCGGGGCUCUAAAAGAGGGUGGUCAAACAGAAGCGGAUGGUAAAGUAUUGGAAGUAUUGAUGGAAGUUGUCGGUUCCAUACUGGAUAAUAAUACUUUAUUCGUCGAACCAUACCUUCACCAAUUACUUCCUCCUCUUCUCUCGACUCUUCUGCAUUCAUCCCUUCCACGUACGCAUUCAACGCAACUGCGAACGAUAUCUUCGCAAACACUUUCCGGCCUCCUUACCAAACAUUCCACGACGUAUCCAUCACUUUCUCCACGAAUAAUGAAGACGUUACUUCUUGCUAUGAUCUCCCCCGGAAAGAGUAGAGGGACUCGGGAAGGUGCUAUUCGAGGGUUAAUUGGCGUCGGCAAGGAAGCUGUACGGAAAGGCUUGGUUGAUAGCGGGGGAGCCAAAGUGGUGGGGAGUGAAGUUCAAGGCCAUGAGAUGGGUGAUUGGGUUGAGGAUGAGGCUUUAACGAAGGCAGUCUUGGACGCCCUGCGCGUCCUGCAUCCACCGUCUGAUUCGGAGAUGACGGACUCUUUGAAUUUGAACAACGAAGCUGACCUUCAGGUAUUGACGCGAUUGCACGAAGUCCUGGGCGAGUUCUUCGCUCAAAAGGUAGUGGGAGAUGCGGCAUGGGCAAAAGCAAUAUUAGGAGAAAAUCCAAAUGAUGACCUGCCAGUGAUGGUGGGUUGA